AUGCACCGCCCUCGAUCACACAUCGGCUUCGUUACCCAGGCAUCGUAUGGCUCCGGGAACUACGGCCCAGUGGGUGGCGACGCCAGGAUCAAGGUCAUCGGUGUGGGCGGUGGCGGUGGCAACGCCGUGAAUCGCAUGAUCUCCAGCGGCCUGCAGGGCGUGGAGUUCUGGGCUGUCAACACGGACGCCCAGGCCCUGGAGAGCCAUCAGGCGCUCAACAAGCUGCAGAUCGGGACCACCCUGACCCGCGGCCUGGGUACGGGUGGCAAGCCCGAGCUGGGGGAGGAGGCGGCGCAGGAGUCUCACCAGGAGCUGGCCUCGGCCGUCCAGGGCGCAGACAUGGUCUUCAUCACUGCCGGCAUGGGGGGUGGCACUGGAACUGGAGCUGCCCCAGUGGUUGCACGGCUUAGCAAGGACCUGGGGGUGCUCACUGUGGGCGUCGUCACCUUCCCCUUCACCUUUGAGGGGCGGCGCCGGGCCGGGCAGGCCACUGAUGGCAUCGACACCCUGCGCAAGAACGUGGACACCCUCAUUGUCAUCCCCAACGACCGUCUGCUUGAUGUUGUGGGUGACUCCACCCCACUGCAGGACGCCUUCCUGCUGGCCGACGACGUCCUGCGCCAGGGCGUGCAAGGCAUCUCUGACAUCAUCACCAUUCCCGGCCUGGUCAAUGUCGACUUUGCCGACGUCAAGGCCAUCAUGUGCAACUCCGGGACCGCCAUGCUGGGUGUGGGCGUGUCCUCUGGGAAGAACCGUGCAGAGGAGGCUGCCAUGGCCGCCACCUCGGCCCCCCUCAUCGAGCGCAGCAUCGAGCGCGCCACGGGGAUCGUGUACAACAUCACGGGCGGGCGGGACCUGACGCUGCAGGAGGUCAACCGCGUCAGUGAAGUGGUCACCUCGCUCGCCGACCCCUCCGCCAACGUCAUCUUCGGCGCGGUCAUCGACGACGCGUAUGAGGGCGAGAUCCACGUCACCAUCAUUGCCACGGGGUUCAACCAGACCUUUGAGGACCAGCUGCUCAGCGGGCGCAGCGUGCUGCCUGCUCAACCCGACCUCUCCCGCGCAUCCAACGCCAAAUCCGGCAACGGACCCGCGUCGCGCCAGGCGGCCAACGGGCACGCAUCCAGCCUCGGCGGCGGCGGCGGCGGCUUCCUGGGCCGCACCUGGUGA